AUGUUAAAUCAGAAAGUCGAACUUCCUUUAGCAAAUAUUUACAGUCGAUAUGCAAGAGAUGAACCAUAUUUAUUUAAAGAUGUUUUCGACCCAGCUGCUAUUAUUGUUCAUGCUUCAUUUUCUGGCGCCCAAAACUCUUUCUUAUGCUUGGCAAAUGACUUUUACGAAAAACCUACAAAGUUAUACGAACCACCAAGUGGAAGUAUUUCAGACUUUCAAGUAUGGUUUACUACAGAUGGAAGAAAAAGAAUAAUUCCAUUAUACCAUGCGUUUUACUUAGAACUUAGUUUCAUAUACAACUACUAUCGAACGGUAAAAAUAUAA